AUGAUCAGUUUGGCAAGAACAGCCCUUCGCGCGCGCGGUGUCGCUCCAAGAGCAGCCACCCUGCGCCAUGCUGCUCCGCUUCGAUUCAAGUCGACCACCUCGCUGUCACACGAUCCCAUGACGGGUGAAGCGACUGGCACCAAAAACCUCGACGCUUCUUCCCUCGUCGUAACCCGAUCGAACGCUCCUCGAACUCCACCUCCUUCGCAGAGCCUUGUGUUCGGCGCCAACUUCAGCGACCACAUGCUCUCUGUCCCCUGGAACAGCGCCACCGGCUGGGACGCACCUAAGAUCCACCCUUACUCGCCGCUCCAGCUCGACCCGAGUGCCGUCAUCUUCCACUAUGCUCCCUCGCUCUUCGAGGGCAUGAAGGCGUACAAGGACGUCAAUGGCAAGGUGCGCCUUUUCAGACCAGACAUGAACAUGAAGCGUAUGAACACCUCGGCGGCUCGUAUUGCACUGCCCACGUUUGAGGGCGAAGAGCUCAUCUCGCUCAUCAAGAAGCUCGUUGCGCUGGAUAAAGGCUGGAUCCCUUCCGAGCCGGGCCACUCGCUCUACAUCCGCCCGGCACUGAUUGGUACCGAAGCGGCGCUGGGUGUGCACCCGACCAAGGACGCACUUCUCUUUGUCAUCUGCUCGCCCGUGGGACCGUACUACAAGACCGGAUUCAAGCCUGUGGCGCUUGAGGCGGAUCCGAACAAGGUGCGUGCCUGGCCCGGCGGUACAGGCCAGUACAAGCUCGGAGGCAACUACGCCCCGGGCAUUCUGCCGCAGCUCGAAGCGGCUGGUCGCGGGUACCAGCAGAACUUGUGGCUGUUCGGCGAAGAGCACCUGCUCACGGAGGUGGGCACCAUGAACCUCUUUGUUGCGCUCAAGAAGGGGGACGGCAUCGAGCUCGUUACUCCCCCGCUCAAUGGUAUGAUCCUGCCAGGUGUCACGCGCGACUCGAUCCUGCACAUUGCAAAGGACCAUGUCAGCGGCAAGUACCCCAUCGACUCGCUGCCGUCCAACUUGACCGUCUCGGAGCGCGAGAUCAGCAUCCACGAGGUCAUCAAGGCCGAGCAGUCCGGUGAGCUGAUCGAGAUGUUCGGCGCGGGUACGGCGGCUGUGGUCAGUCCGGUUGAUCGGGUCGGUUACCAGGGCAAGGAUAUUCAUAUUCCUGCAGGCGAUGGUAUUGGGCCGAUUGCAAAGGCGAUGCUGGAAAGGAUCACCGAUAUCCAACUCGGCAAGGUCGAGCAUGAGUGGAGUGUUGUCGUUGACGAGGUGUAG